AUGGGAGAAGUGGGUCCAAAGGGAGACAAAGGAGAGAGGGGAUGGAGAGGCCUCUAUGGAGACAUCGGGAGUCCUGGAAUGAUAAAGGGCGCUAAGGGACUUAAAGGAAAUCAGGGGGCGAAGGGCGCCAAAGGACACACAGGGCCGACUGGAGAAAAGGGGGGCAGAGGAAUCGCUGGAAAGCGCGGAGCAAAAGGAGACUCAGGCCUGAAAGGAGACCCGGGCCCCAGAGGAGAGCCGGGGCCCAGAGGAGAUAACGGUCACAGAGGAGCUGUGGGACCUAAAGGAUCCUCUGGACCUUUGGGAAAGACGGGUCACGCAGGUCCAGCAGGACUCCAUGGUCUUCCUGGAGAAUCUGGAAAUCCAGGACAAGUGCAUGUGCUGCCAGGACUUCAGGGAGACCCCGGAGAUCCAGGGGCGGCCCCUCGGUGCAACUGCUCCAGUAAUCAGAUGUUCAAAGAGGACAACAGAGUGUACAGCAUCUUUGUGGCAGACGGAGAGAAGCAGAUGCGGAGGCUGCGAGCCGAGAAUGUGAUGGUUCUGAGGCCGGACAGAAAGUCUCUCUACAUUUACAGCAACUCACAGUGGAUCAAUGUUUUGGAGGACACAAUAAACUGA